GGUGAGAAAGAACGUGGACAGAUAGCGGACAUCUCAUCUCGCUCCAUCCCUCCAGCCAUCUGUCUGUUGUCAUCAUUCACAGAAAGACUCACUACUGCUCCUGGACUACAUGGAAAAAUACUCUUUUCACGCUCGGUCGAGCCUUCGGACACCGGGGGCGUCGGCUGCGUUUUCACAGAGAUCGCAGCCCCACCGAGAUGAGCGUGGAGCCCUGGGCCAGCCCGCAGGACCAGGCAGCCGCUGAACUCUCGCACAGCGAACACAGAGACACGCCACCCUCCCAGGAUCAGGAGCAGCGCCCCGAUAAACUCUGCCUGGACUCGUUCUGGAGUGAGGUUGAACACAUCAAACAGGGGAGUGGCUACGCAGACCUUGACUGCAGCAGGAGAGACUCAAGACACGCGGAAGUGUUUUCAGAAGGAGAACAGGAGGAGCAGUGGUUGGUUGAUGCUGGCUUGUCGACCCUCAUCAGUGAGGAUAGUGAGGACAGUGAGGAUGUAGACAAAGCAGCCCUGCUGUCCACUCUGACCCGGACGCAGGCCGAAGCCGUUAAGCGUCGAGUUGAGACCUAUACGCUCCGUAAACGAAACAAACCACCACCCCGUGACGUUCGUGACAUAUUCAGUUCACCCAUCUCUCAGACCCUUCUCCCUGAGUCUCAACAUAGUGAAGACCCAGCCCAAAACAGCAUGGCAUCGGUAGCAAAGUCACCUUUAUCAGCUGUGACACCAGAACAUCAGCGAGGUACUCCUAAAGAUGAAUACUUCAUCACUGAUGUGGCUUACUGUGAGCAGGCCGUCAUUUUCCUCAAACAAGCCAAACUGCCACAGAAUAACAGCCAGCGCAGGAAAGAGGACGGCACCCUGCCUCGGGUUAUCUUUCCCAAGUGCCGUCUAGGAGUGACUCGUAUUCAAGAUCUCUCCCACGCUGACAUGAAGAAGGUGCGUCAGCUGGCUCUCAUCGACAUGACAGCGCUGUGCGACCUCCUAGAGCUGGAGGUCAAAAGGCACAAAACUGGAAAGAGGAAAAACCCAGAGAGCCCGCUCUUUGGAGUCCCACUGGCCACGCUGCUGGAGAACGAUCAGAAAUUGAAGCCCAACACUUUGAUUCCUCUCUUUCUGCAGGAAUUGUUGUCAUUUCUCGAGAAAAAAGGAAUCGAUUCGGAGGGGAUCCUGCGGGUUCCAGGAUCUCAGUCCAGAACCAAGCUGCUGCAGCAGAACCUGGAGGCCAACUUCUACUCACGGCAGGUCAGCUGGGAUGAAGUGAGUCCAAACGACGCCGCUGCACUGCUAAAGAAGUUCAUCCGGGAACUGCCCGCUCCGCUGCUCACCGCUGAGUACCUCAACACCUUCAGUGCUGUCAGGGAAAUCACAGAGCUGAAGCAGAAACUUCACAUGCUGAACCUGCUCAUCCUGCUGCUGCCUGAGCCCAACAGAAACACACUAAAGGCUCUGCUGGAGUUCCUCAGUAAGGUGGUCUUUAAGGAAAAGAAGAACAGGAUGAACCUGUGGGCCGUCGCAACCAUCAUGGCUCCCAACCUCUUCCUCCAUAAGGCCGUCCCCAGCAGGCUGACUGAGGGGGGAGAGAAAGGACAGGCGGAGAAGGCGGCUGAUGUUAUGAGGCUCCUCAUCCGGUACCAGGACCUGCUCUGGACGAUCCCCAAUUUCCUCAUGAGCCAGGUGCGUAGGCUGAAUGAGAACAGUAACCGGCGUUACCAGUUCUACGAUCGUCGCUUCAAGAACCUGCUGAGAAAGAUUCACACGGACAGCCGAGAAAAACCGGAGAAAAACUCAGAGCCGCAUCGUACAGUGAAAAUCCAGGUCGGAGAUCUGGAUAGCGGCACAAUGGAUUUCCAGCUUAACUUAAAUUCAAGAGCCUCUGAUCUGCUUGCCCAGUUUUACCGGCAGUUCCUCAGAAGCCCUGAAAAUGGAAAAGGCAAGAUGCGAAGGAACGGCUCCGUGGCGUAUUCAGACUGUGCCCUGUACGAAGUGGGAGGGAAUAUAGGUGAGCACUGUCUAGAUCCAGACACACACCUUCAAGAUUUGUACAACAGUAAUCCUGGAGGAGAGUGGAUCAUCAAAACAAGACCCAACGGCAGCAGGGGGCUGUGACGUGAACGCUGUGCAGCAUCGGAUGGACUGUACAAGGACUCGGUUUCAGAAUGAACACGACGGUAUUAAAAAGCAACAACUCAAAGCAGCCAUCACUGAUUCAUGUCCUGUUCAUCCCGUGAGCAACAAGCGAGAGGGAAACAGAUGGAGGAAGCAGGAACAGAUAGAUGGAGAAUCUGCCUGGAGCAGAGCCUAAAAACUGUCUGUGAUCACAUGAACAUACACUACCCUCUUUCUCUUCCCUGUGUCGUUCUCUUUCUGCAUCUCCCCAUCUUAUUUUCCCUUCACUACAUCAUUUCUCUCCUGCGUUGCAACGCUGAGAGCCAAAAGCUUCCGACGCGACUCAUUGCUUCCAACAGAGAACCUGCUGCACAGAAGAGAGGAGAGAGACCGGCUGGACAGUUUGCGUCGCCAUCUUUUCUCUCAAGCAAUUAUAUCCAACCAUGAGCGAGCAGAUGGGGAUGCAGAGCACCUCUGGCUAUGGAGAGCCCAAGUCAUACCCCCACCCCCUCUGCCGGGCCAGCCUCUGCUCCACAAAUGCAAAGUGUUUUUCUACUGUGGGUUUGACCCAUCAGGGCUUUGUAAAAAGCUGAAACAUGAUACAAGAGUUUUAUGUGCAUAUUUGAAGAAAAAUUAGUAUCUAAUUGCAUACUGAAAGUCGGCUGAAUACAAGAUUUCAUUUGUAAAUAUUUGCCAGAAAUUUUGUUAAGCUUCAACAGCUGCAGCACCAGUGAUUAAGCUGUGUUAUCAAAGUAGUAAUUAUGAUAUCUAUCUCCAGUGUUACCACUACUUGAUCAUUUUCUUGCACUUACAUGACCAGGUUAUACAGAGAAACCUGGAUAUGAAGGUAAUUAGUGAACACUGACACAUGUAGCAGGUCAGUACCUCCUCUAGUUUCAGUCUUAUUAUAGAAUUCAGGCUUUCUCAACUUUUGUUAGACAAAAAUAAACAUCUUUGAGCAUAAGAGUUUUAGUAGGAAGUAAUACAUGAGGUGCUCUGUGCCUUGAUCUUUUUCUUCACCCACCAGUGUUACUUUACCAGUCUGAGGCCUGUUCACGUUGGUGUUAAAAGCUGAUUAGAAAUGAUACACAGCUGAGAAACAGGUGUUCAGGAAAACCACAGCUGGCUGGUAUGUUUUUUAUUUUUUAAUUCUAUCUUUGCUUCAGAAACAAGUUUUUCCAUUUAUACAUGAUCUUUAGGACUAAAGCAAUCUGUAGCCUGCCUGCCAGUGUAAACAUAUAUGGACAAAAAAAACCCUUGUAUCAUUUUUUUGAAACUAAAAUAAUGAGAAAAGAUUCUGGACACUUAAAGCUGUCGGAGCAGAAGCUAACCUGGAAACAGACAGUUUCAUACUGAUCAAUUAGCCAGUUAUUGAUCCAAAUUGGUUCUGCAGCUUUGGUGACAAAGUAAACAAAGACAGAGGUUGGUCUGCGUCGACUCCUUUCUUCACCUGUGCCAUUCAAUGAGGGAAAAAGACCCAGAUGAACUGAUAUCCCUUUAUCUGUGAAACCCUGCGAUCUCCUGGGCAUUAAAAAUAAAAUCCUUGGACUUCCUGACCUGCACAGAGCAGUGCUGAAAGAGACUUUUCUUUUGGACACCAAGGGAUUUGGUGUUGCAACCUCAAGGACAGUUACUGUACCUCCAAAGGGAGUUGUUAAGGACAAACAGUGAAGCUGGUCUUCCUGUCUUUUUUUUAAACACAUGAAUGAAGGCGAAAACUUUUGGGGUAUCCUGGGAUUAUUAUUAUUAUUAUUAUUUAUAUGAAUGUACUACCAUUGUUGCUUCUUAUUCUGUGAGUGUUGUGUAGGAUAGAGAGACUCAGUGUAAUAGUAUGAUGUGUUAAGUCACCCAUACUCAGUGUGGGAAUUUGCAGGUGUUUUUGUUCAUAUUUCUUCAUGCACUGACUUUUUUAAUGCAUCUGUUAGUAGGAUAAAUUGUAUAAACAUGGCUCAUUCAUACACACCUUAAGGAUAAAUCUCUGCAGUAGAACUGUUUGUUGUGAAGCUACUCGAAGCUUUUUCCAAACACACUCGAGCAGCAAAUGAAUGUAUUUAACAUUUUGUACCAAUUGCCAGAUGUGAAUCAUUUGCUCCUCGCAGAUGGAGCCAUGUUGGAGCGCCGCGGCCAUUUUGUGGGAAGUGUUUCACACACUCCACUCAAUAGACGGACUAAUGACAGCCGGCCCAGCACCAUCUAUCAACACCCUCCGCUCCAUCUCUGUCACCUCCCUGUAAUGGACAAUAAUGGCAGCGCAGUGCAUGCGUCAGAAACGCACACAGAGGAAUCACAUUUCUUUGAUAAAGCAGGAGGUAAUAAAUGGGCGUUAUGAAUUCUGCUGUCCUGGACCUGAUGACAGUGGUGUGUGUGUGUGUGUGUGUGCGUGUGUGCACGCAUGCAUGUGUGUGUGAUCAGCUUCAUUACACAAGUCCAAUUGGCCUGUCCCAGGGUCCCAGGCACAGUUCAGUGCCUCAGCACAAAGCGAGUUGAUGAAACUGCCUUCUGCUGACAAUCAGGAGAACUAGGUCACCUCUGAUGCAGCAUCCCAGAGGGCGAGCACCCUGAGGAGCAGAGCACGUGGACACGCAUUGUCUAAACACACAUGCUGAACAACAUAACCAAAACCGGAGGGCACAGGUUCACACUACAGCAGCUUUCUAUGAACUGUGUUUGUAUGUGAAUGUAUUUGUGUGUGUGAGAGAAAGGAUGCUUCCUUUCUGAAACAGUGUUAUCUGUGUGAUUACCCAGGGACUCUUAAAACUAAAUGAAGGACAGUUACAGUUUUUAAUAAGCUUGUGAAAAUACUUUUGUGUAGAAAGAAAAACUUUGAGAAAAAUGUUCCCUUUUUGGU